AAGAGAUUGUCAACAAAAUUAGUUUGCCCAACCAUUUUCGAUGAUUGGUUAUCCAAAUUCAAAGUGUGUAAAUUUUUCUAAAUAAAAAAAAAUCAGUGUUAAAACAGUUCACCACAACAGAGAGGAGGAGGAAGAAGCAACAACACGUGCAAAGAGACACGGAGAUUAAACAGUACCGGGAGGAAAACAGCGCCUAAAACGUCAUUGUCAACAGUUGACCCGGCAAGCAGCGAGGAGGGUACACAAAACUCAAAUAACUGGAUACACUUAUUGAAACAGUAAACAUCGUAUCACUCUGCGAACUGCGCACCGGAGAGUUUUAGUGGAAUGGCGAAAAGUCGAGAAAUCAUUCAACUGCACAUCGGCCAGGCGGGCGUCCAAAUUGCCAGUGCCUGCUGGGAGCUGUACUGCCUGGAACAUGGAAUCUUCCCGGAUGGGCGCUUCUGCGAUUGCACAAUCUAUGACGAUUGCAGUGCGUUCUUUAGCUGCGACAAGAAGGGCCGCUGCGUACCGCGAGUUGUGAUGGUUGAUCUGGAACCAUCGGUCAUAGACGAAAUUCGAAUUGGAGCCUAUCGGCAUCUCUUUCAUCCCAGCACCCUAAUAACGGGCAAAGAAGAUGCCUCAAGUAAUUUUGCGCGAGGUCACUUUACCCUGGGUCGAAUGAUGAUUGACGCAACCAUGGAUCGGAUCCGGAAGGUGGCCGAGGGGUGCUCCUCAGUGCAAGGGUUCAUGGUAUUUCACAGUCUGGGAGGCGGAACGGGGUCAGGGUUUGAGACGUUGAUACUCGAGAAGUUGAUGGAUGACUACGGGAAAACGUGCAAAAUGGAGUUUAAUAUUUUUCCUUCGCCCCGAAUAUCGCCAGUCAUCGUCGAACCUUACAAUGCAGUACUCUCGACUCACGUCGGGAUGGACUACAGUGAUUGUUCAUUUCUACUGGACAACGAAGCAAUUUAUGAUGUUUGUGAUCGUAAUUUGAGCAUCCCGGAGCCCAACUACACCAAUCUUAAUCGAUUGAUUGCGCAAAUUGUUUCUUGUAUCACGUCAUCGCUGAGGUUUACGGGUGCGAUCAACGUAGAUCUGUUGGAGUUCCAAACAAAUCUGGUCCCUUACCCCAGGAUUCAUUACCCGUUGGUUACUUACUCGCCACUGAUUCCUUUCCGAAAUGCCGGCCAUGAGCAGCUGACCACCUCUCAGCUAACGUCGGAAUGUUUCGAACCGGCGAAUCAAUUAGUCAAAUGUGAUCCUCGAACCGGCCGCUAUAUGUCCUGUUGCAUGCUUUAUCGAGGAGAUGUUUCACCUGUCGAUAUCAACCGAUCGAUUCAGGAUCUCAAGAAAAGAAAUCUGAAUUUCGUGGAUUGGUGUCCGACUGGGUUCAAAAUUGGUAUCAACUAUCAACCGCCCAUUUCUGUUCCAGGGGGUGAUUUGGCAAAAGUGGAUCGUGCUGUUUGUAUGCUUUCCAGCAGUACUGCGGUUCGAUCGGCUUGGGAACGAAUCAGCUCUAAGUACGACCUGAUGUUCGCGAGAAGGGCUUUCUUUCAUCACUUUUUCGAGGAAGGUCUCGAAGAAAGUGAUCUAUCGGAGGCUAAGGAAAACAUUGCGGCGCUGAUAUGUGACUAUCAUGAGGUUGAACAGUAAGGCUUAACUCUAGGAAACCGUCCUCAUAAAACUGUAGAAGCUAAGAGCAGUCG